AUGCAGUUCUCUCUCGCCUUCGUCGCCGCCCUUCUCUCGGCCACCAAUGUCGCCGCCGCUCCCUCCGCCGACCCCGGUGCCGUCUCCAUGAUGGCCGCUACUCCCCAGUGGACCAUCCAAAACAUGCAGCGCACCUGCGACAAGGGUGACACGACCUGCACCUGGAACUUCAAGAUCAACACCGGCAAGGGAACCCCGACGACUUGCAAGUACGUUGUCAAGGGACAUCCUGCUUCGCAGACCAACGGCGGCCCGGCCAAGUGCGGCACCUUCACUAUCACUUCUGGCUGGAGCGGUCAGUUCGGUCCUGGCAAUGGAUUCACCGUCUUGUCGGUUAUCAGCAGCAACAAGCAAAUCAUCUGGCCUGGCUACACCGAUAAGCAGCUCGCCAGCGGCAAGGUCGUGAAGCCUGACCAGUCUUAUGCUCCUGCCAACCUUCCCAACUAA